AUGUCAGAUCUCACGAAGGACCUUCUCGCCCAAUAUUAUGGAUUUUCUGCGGAACCGCAAGUUGAAAAAUUCUUAUCGAUUCACGGGUGCAUAAGCAAUGCGGAGAAUGAUGCGGAUAAAUUAAUCGACAAUCAAUCCACGAUUGAUACAAACGACGAUGACACAUCCAAGGAAAUGGAAGAAGACGAUGUUGAGAGUGAGAAAAGAAAUUCCGAGGUUGAUAUUCCAGCGAGAUCCUCGCGAUCAUUACAAUGGGAAGCGCUCGAGGAUAACAAUGAAACAACGUCAAAAUUUGACGUUAUUUUCGAAGCAAAUAAAGCGGGCAAUUUUUAUGAAAAUACGAAUGCUUCCUGCGGCAAUAAGAUACAAGAUUUUACCGCAAAUAACAGCACGAUCAUCUCUACUACUCUAGGUCUAGAAGACAACGAAGGGGACGACUCAUAUCUGUCACUUAGCGAAGAAGUUUCAGACGUUUCCUCGAUAGCAGGGAGGAAAAAGCUCAAAGAGUCUUCAAAUGUAGAUACUUUGUUUUUGACGCCGCUACCAAACAAGACUCCAACAUAUAACGAAAUUUUUAUAGACUUAACAAGCGCUGGACUUGUAACUCUUCCUAUUGAGACGAUCGAAAAAUAUCCUACGAUACGAAUGCUAUAUUUAGAGAAUAACGAUCUGCUCGAACUUCCAAAAGAGCUUUUUCUUCUUCUGCCACGUUUGCAAUGGUUAGACGUCCGAAACAAUCGACUUACCAGCUUGCCGGCAAGCAUCAAAUCGCACCCUUCGUUGGAGACUAUUUUGUUGCAAGGAAAUAAAAUCGAGACAUUGCCACUGGAACUUUGCUUAGUACCGAAACUGAAAACUCUCAGCGUGGCGGACAAUCCUAUCGCUACUCCUCCAAGAAGCGUUAUAGCUCUGGGUUGUUCGGGUAUUCUCAGCUAUUUGCGAGCAGAAUGGAAUAAAUUGCAUCCGGAGGAGCCUGCGACAUUCGUAGAACAAAAGAUAGAACCAAAGCCAUCGAACAUUCUGUGUUAUCAAUCUCCUCGUGAGAAGCGACGUAAGUUAUCAAAAAUUCCACGACGGGAAUUGAAGAGUACAAACGACAUCGGCGAUUCGUUCAAAGGCGCUUCGGUCAGGAAGAGAGCCAGGGCUUACAGAGCCAGUAACAGAUGUGACGGUAAAGGAACAAACUUCGCGAUGGAGCAACGCUUGUACUGGAUCUCUAAAGCGAGAGAUCUGCUUAGUGCACAAUCGGCGACAAUUCAGAGAAUUAAGGAUGCAGAUACUGUAAAAGAAUGGAGACGUAACAAACGUAGUUUUAGUAAAAGUAUGGAGAAAGUUUCGAGGAGAAACGAAGAUGACGUUCCGUUCGCGAUUGAUAUAGAAGAUUACCCGGAGAUUAAAAAACGACCACAAAAAGCGGGAAAUUAUUCGGAUAACCGGAAACAGAGAAAAUCCAAAUUUGCUCCACCAGUAAAUAUAAAUAAAAAGAUUCAAGAAUUGAUAGGUGCCCUACAGGAAUUCGAAAUCACAAAAUCUUCCGAAAUAUUAACGCCAAAAUCCAAACAAGAACAUCUUCAAAACGAGAUUGAGAAGCUCUCGCAUUUUCAAAAGGAGGUCCAAUAUUUAAGAAGAUACAAUGAAAUGACGUUAGCUCCAAUGAACUCUCCUAAUAACACAUUUUAA